AUGUCACUUGAAGGUUUCCUCAGCAAUCCUAUUCAUAAAUUUCAAUACUGGCCACGUUAUGUGUGCCGUUUAAUUAGAAUGCGACCCGUUUAUCGAAAAGAAUUGUUGGGCUGGCGUUUUCAAACGGAUCACAUGUAUCAAACAGGUGAUCCACUACCUAAUGAAUCGAGGGAAGAAAAAUUUCUCCCAGUAUGGCACUUCACUGAAAAGGCUCCUUGGAAUAUUGCCAACCGUUUAUCAGAGUUUCCAUAUCCUAAUUUAACCUGGUGUGUUAUUCAUGAAAAUGGCCGAAAAGAGGCACGAAAAUUACGACCUUUGCCACCAGAGGAGCAAUUAAUUUUCAAGGGUGAUCGUGUCCGAGUACUUGUUGGACCUCAUAAAGGAAGAACCGGUAUAGUAUCAUCUGUUCUAAAAAUGAGGCGCCUGGUAUAUGUAGAAGGACUUAACUAUCGUAUCACUAAAUCCCCAUACCAAAACAGCUUAAAACUGAGUGAAGACCCUCUGGAUAUGGAUACUGAGGUUGCGCUGCUCGAUCCGUCUAAUAAUGAACCUUGCAAAUGCGCUUGGCGGUACACUGAUGAUGGUGAUCGUGUUCGUGUCUCACUAUAUUCCGGUCACAUAAUACCUUUACCGAACACAUCUCAUAUUUUGGACGACCUAACCGACCCGAAAACAGCUGUUGACGGACCGAAAGAUACUAGAGAAUCAGAUGUAUCGAAUAAAACAGUCCUUACAGAUUCUGAUAUGCGCUUUGAUGUAAGCGUAUCGAAGCAUUUAGGACUUGAGCAUUCACCAGCUGAGCCAACGCCAACUUACUGGUAUUGA